CUGGGAUCACUGGCCCUCCAGCGAUAGGGGCACAUUCACCUGCAGGGCCCUUUAGUCUUCAGAGCAGCUUCUAGAGCAUGGAUCCCUCCUAAUUCUGCUCUAGCCCAAUGUUCCUCAUAGUCAAGCUGUUCUUGGGAUGGAAAUGUAGCCUGAAGGUGUCAGAAGAGAGUGUGUCCAUGCUGAAGAAGCUGGUGUCUGAGCAGCUACAGGUGCCUGAAGAACAGUAGCACCUGCUGUUCUGUGGCCAGCUCCCGGAUGAUGACAAGCGCCUCUCGGACUACUGCAUUGGGCCUGACGCCUCCAUCAGUGUCAUCAUGCAGCCCGUGGAUAAAGCAGCACCAGACAAAGCCCUCCAACCUCAGGACCAAGCCCAGUCCCUGUGGCGCCAGCUGGACAGGGUCCUAGCCAAGCACUUUGGACCCCAGGAUGCCAAGGCAGUGCUGCUGCUGCUGAGGCAGGAGCAUGAGGGACGCCUGCAGAGGGUCACCCUGGAGGCCCUGGAGCAGCUGGUGUGCCACCUCCUGACAGAGCAGUGGCAUAUGGAACUGGCUGGGGAGAUGGAGUCCCAGAGUGCCUGCAAGAAGGAGGAGGAGAAAAGAGGAGGAGGAGGAGAAGAAGAAGAAGAAGGCAGUUGAUUAGUAAA